AUGGCAAACAUCACCAAGCUUGAGUUCGCUGCUCUAGAUAUUUCCGGAAGAAAUUAUCUAACUUGGAUCCUUGAUGCUGAGAUCCAUUUGAAUGCCAUGAACCUCGGAAAUACCAUUAAGGAUGGUAAUGAGGAAAGUGAACAAGAUAAGGCGAAAUCAAUGAUUUUUAUUCGCCAUCAUCUCCACGAGGGCUUAAAAUCCGAGUAUCUUGGGGUAAAGGACCCUGCUACUCUAUGGAAUAAUUUAAAGGAAAGAUAUGAUCACCAGAAGAGUGUGAUACUUCCUAAAGCUCGAUAUGAAUGGAUGCACUUGCGUUUGCAAGAUUUUAAAUCGCAGCAAUAUCGUGAAAGAGGUUUUACCAAAUACUCUCAAUUGAUUUUUUGCCUCCUCGUUGCUGAACAGAACAACGAGCUCUUGAUGAAAAAUCAUAACUCCCACCCAAGAGGAUCACAAGCAUUUCCAGAAGUAAAUGCAAAUAUUUCGUUCCCUGAAGUGAAUGCAAACAACUAUAAUCGUGGUCGGGGUCGUGGCCGUGGCCGUGGGUAUCGCCGUGGUCUGGUCGACAUCAAGAUGGUCCUAGAGUUGCACCAUACCACCCGAAGUGGCAUAAAAAUGGUGAAAAACAAGACAAGGGCAAGGCUGUAA